CACACAGCCGAGAAGAUGUCUCAUGUCGCAAAGAAAAGAAAAUUGGAUAAAACCCGGCAGGACAGACUGUACUUUGACAGCUACACCGAUGUAACCAUCCACGAGGAGAUGAUAGCGGACCAUGUCCGCACCAACACGUACCGGAUGGCGAUACUGAGGAACAGUGAGUCCAUACGGGGUAAAGUUGUCCUGGACGUCGGAGCAGGAACCGGCGUUUUAAGCAUGUUCUGUGUUCAAGCCGGUGCUAAGAAGGUGUACGCUGUUGAGGCGUGUUCUAUCGCCGAGCAGGCGGUGAGGAUAGUUAAACACAACAACAUGGAGGACAAGGUGGAGGUGAUUCGAGGCACGGUGGAGACGGUGGACCUACCGGAGAUGGUGGAGGUGAUAGUGAGCGAGUGGAUGGGUUAUGCCCUCCUGCACGAGUCCAUGCUUAACUCGGUUCUCUACGCGCGCGACAAGUGGCUGAAGCCGGGCGGCGUCAUCCUGCCCAGCAAAGCCGAGCUGUACAUCGCGCCCAUCAGCGACCCGGUGGUGGAGGACCGCUUACACUUCUGGUACACUGUGAAGGACCAGUACGGCGUGGACAUGUCCUGCAUGUCCGACUUCGCCAGGAGGUGCAUCAUGAACUCCGACAUCACUGUGAACUCUGUGACCGUGGAGGACGUGCUCUCCCACCCGGCCCGCUUCGCCGAGCUCGACCUGUACUCCGUCACCGUGGAGGAGCUGCGGUCGGUGAAGGGCAGGUUCAGGUGCGAGUCUUUCGGCUCGGCGGCAGUGAACGCUUUCUGUGUGUACUUCACGGUGACUUUCCCCUGCCCGGACAAACCGCAGGCGCUCGUGCUCUCCACGUCCCCGUUCAAACCGGAGACGCACUGGAAGCAGGCGGUCCUGUACCUGGACUCUCCGGUGGAUGUGGUGCAAGACACGGUGGUGACCGGAGAGAUCAGCAUGUUCCCCUCAGAGGAAAGCGCCAGACAUAUAUGUAUCCAUGUGGACUACACGAUAGGAGAGCACAAGAGACAAUCUAAGACUUUCUCCAUCCCUGACUGGAGCAGUGAAGCUCAGUCUUAACUUAUCUACAUUUAGUGUUACAGUUUAUUCACCAGGCGACACACUCAGAUGCCUAAAUAUACAUUACUAUCUGUCACUAAACCUGCUCACUGUGAGUUUAGAAACAAAGUGGGGCAGUGACUGAAUAACUUCAAUGUUACAUCAGGUCUCAGUUGAAUAGGCCUGCAGCUGACAUCUGUACAUGCUCAGUUACAUUUAGACUCACAUCUCCAGACUAAAUCUUAAAAAAAUACUAGUACAUCUCUCAAGUAGACACAAACACACAACUGUGUGUGUUGUUUACAGCAGUGACUCCCAACUGGUGAGCUAAGAAAGAAUCUGGACCUGUGGUUGGACCAGCUUGGUCCAGUACAGUACAUGUUUUAGUUUGGAGAUGUUUGUGUUGUUUUUACGCUUGUCUUCACACCUAAUAAACAAUUUGACACCUUAACUGUAGGAGUUAAAAUGCAUAUCCUUAUCGCCUUAUUUAUGCAUUUUAUUAACCUCACUCAAUCAUAAUAACAUGUUUACAACAGCCAGUGCUAAUAUUUUUGUAUUACAUACUGAAUAAUCAGUUUACAGCAUUUAUGACUUACUUUAUAUAAACACAUUACUAUAGGGCUGUAACUAACAAAUCAUUUCUCAGUAAAUCAUUUGAUCUGUAAAGUGACAGAGAAUAUUUUGACCAACCAACAGUCCAAACCCCAAUUAUUGUUGAUUUACUAUUACUAAUAGCAGUACUAACUGUAGCCUAUUUGCUUAAUGCUGUAUGCUUACAAAGGAAAAACAGCAAAUCCUUAUAGUUUAGAACCUGGAACAACUGGGCCUAUACAAAAAGUUAUGAAUGAAUGUUUAAUUGACUGUAUCAGUAUGUUAUGCCCACCCAUUUCCUAAAAAAAGAGGCAAACUCAAGCUUAAAAAUGUAAUUUGAUUUUAAAAACCUUCACUGGGAAUCUAUUUGUCGUAGUUUGUGUGUGGGAAUUUUAAGUGUGUGACACAUCAGAUGUCCUGAUUGGCAGCCAGUGUGAGGAAUGCUAAAAAUGAAAAGGAGAAAGCCAUGAGUGGGACAAUGGUUCGCUUUAUUGUACGGAGCAAAUUACAACAAAGUACCAGUAGAGACAACCUACCAGCAUCAGUAGACAGUAUCACAACAGCUACCUGUCUUAUUUUUUCUCAUUUUUAUUGUCUUAUGUCAUGAUAAGUGUGAUAAUACACGUUACAGAUGCUGCUGUGCACAGAUAUAAAUACAGGUGUGCCUUGAGAUUUUGGCUCGCCCUUUAGUGCGCCUUGGGCACAAAAAGUUUGAAAACCACUGCUUUAAGGAACGUUUGGUAUUUUUGAAUCAGAAGUCAUUUUUAACAGUUGUCAUUUAUUUUCUGUCCAUCAGCUAAUUAAUUAAUAGACUAAUCAUCUCAGCUCCAGCAUUUAGAUUUCAACAGUUAUAUUGUCAGGGUGAUAAAGCGAUGAAACAACAUUCGACCAUCACAAGGAAUCAAAACUCUCCUGGGUGAUGAACAGUUUCUAGGUGUCUGUGUGCAGCUCUGAAAUUCAGAGUGAGGCAGGUUUCAUCUGAGCUUUUACAAAUUGUUGAAUAAAUUCAACACCAUGCUGCAGGCAUCUGAUAUUCUAAUAAAUGUAAUCAUGCAUAUUGUGUGGAAUCUGAUCAAAAUGCUGCAUUCAAAUGAGGAUUAGGCCGAUAUAUUGACUUGGACUAGCUGCAGUCAGGCAGGAGGUGUUUUACAUUGGCUGGUUUUCAGUUUUUAAUAACAAACUAAAUUGGCUCAUUAUUUUGGUUUAAAACGAGCACACACUGUCAUCUGGUGCCAGAAACCACCGACUUCAUCCAAAAGUUGUGAUUCCACUGCAACAUUCUGCACGACAACAACUAACUGGAUUAUUUUUACAACAGAGUAUUUCCCUUUGGGAUACUAAGGAUCAUGCUGAAUCCAAGUGACUGAGUUGUGACAAUGAAGUUUUUAUCCCUUGCAACAAUCAGGAUAAAUCUUUUUUUUUUUUUUUUAAAUGAAAGUUAAUAGUUUAAUGGCUGUUUAAUAAUUUCUCAGCAUGUAUUGGAGAAUGUUAUCUGGUCACUGAUCAGUCAAUGAUUCACUUUGUAUACUACUUUUGAGUAGGCAUACAUUAGGUGGGUUUGGAUUUUGGCAGAUUGUAAUGCAGGGAGUGUGACUGUGUAGACUUUGGAACAGUUUACCAACUACAUGCAUUAUUGAAAAAAUGGAAACUAGGCUCUAAUAAAUUGUUUGACUGUU